CCGGCCGCCUGUCGACCAACCGGCCGCCUGUCGACCAACCUCCGGCCCUCCGACCAACCGGCCGCCUGUCGACCAACCUCCGGCCCUCCGACCAACCGGCCGCCUGUCGACCAACCAGACAUUAACGAGACAUCAGUCAUGGCGUCUCCUGGCCUGCUGCUGCUGCUGAUGUCGUCCUUCCUCUUCCUCUCCAUCGUGAGCGUCUCAGCGUCUCCUGGCCAGAACCAAGUGGAGGAAGUCACUCAGAAGAAAUUAAACAAAGCGAAGGAAGGGGCUAAAGCUUUUGCAAAAUAUUUUGUCAACACCAUUGACCAGAUCAGACUGGCAACCACCCCUUUUCUGGGGUUGAUAAACCCAGCUGUGCCCCUGGUAUCUGCUAUUUUCACUUUAGCAACGGUGGCAGUGUCACUAAUAAACAAUAGCCUAAAAGAUAAUCCAAUUUUAGACGCUCUCCAGUAUGAAUUUCAAAGUCUUAAUUCUAAGCUUGACAAAUAUCACGUAGAGCAGAAGUGGGACACCUGGGCAGCAGGUGCCUACCACAAGCCAGAGAAGAACAUUGAUGUAUCCUGGAACACGUACGAAAAACUAGUGCCGAGUCUAUUCCGCAGAAAAAAUGACAAUGAGAGGGAGAGAAUUAAACAAGAAAUUAUUAAAGUCUGCUCAAAGAGCCAGCCCGCCACUCAGACCUUGCUCAAGUACCUGACAGUCGAAGGACCAACCUUAACAAAUAACCUCGCAAAGGACCUGGCUGCUCAUGUUAAAUGUCAUGAAAAGGAUCUCAGAGAAUACACCGUGUUCAUCUCUAAACUCAUCUACAAGGGCAGCACACUGAAUCUCUUAUGUUACAAACUCAAGCAAAUAGAGUCUAAAGAAUUAGUUGAUGGGGAAGCUGACAUUGCAUACAACUCUGCAUCAGCUAUGUUCCAAAUCCACAAGAACUGCAUUUUAAACAGUUUUACAUACAUUAAACCAGAGGUGGAGGAGCUCAUUACCAACUCCAAAAAACGUCAACCACUAGCAACUGAGGUCAGGUCUUUCUUGGUGCAGAAUUAUGGCAGGUAUGACUGGAUGGUUGUUGCAUUUAUAACCCAACGUUCCAAACAUAAAAUAAUUGAAACACUCAACAGCCACGUCCUGACAGGAUUUACUGAGAUUAAAAAAGGGAAAGUUAGCGUGGGCGUAGCCAGACAGGUGAAAGGGACUCACACAAAGGCAAGUCGAGUUAAACAAGCCAUCAUCAGCUGCUUUACUAAGCCAGUUUUGUGUUAUAAGGUUGCAGAGAAACUCCGUGAGUGUAGAGGAUCUGUGGACGGUAUUCCAGUGUCUCAGACUUACACAGCAGUACACGCCUUUUUAAGAAAAGCCCAUGACAGUCACGAUGCAAAGGAAGUAGAGGAUGAAGUCUCCGCCGACCCUCAAGACACUUCAUCUAGCCCUCCUUACAUUUAUACAGGGAAGUGUGAGAAAUCUCCAGGUGUGAAGGGUGGCAAGUUUGUGGUUAUGAUCAAAAGUGAUGAAGAGAUGAUGACUAAAGAUCCCUGCUCCAAGCUGAAGUGUGGUGGUGACCGAAGAGGGAAAUGUGUUCGUGUGGAAGACACCUUUGUAGCCAUGUGUGAGUGCAAGCUGCCGUACUAUGGACAGAACUGUGAGCAGAGCUUAGAAGAUUACAAGAAAAGCUUACAGAGCUCCAUAGAGCAAGUUUUUAAGCCAGCAGUGGUGGACAAGCGGCUCCGUAAUCAGUCUGUAAGAAGGGCUGGUAUCUGAUGCAGCCGGGAGUCAACACCUUUCAUGAAAUGAGUUUCUCGUCUUAGAUGGACACUCCAACAUUUAGUUAAGUCCUCUUAUAUUAUAAUACCUGAUAUUCAAAGUCUUUAGUUUCCCCUUAUUUCACAGUCUUCAGCUUCCUACUGGUUAACAGUUUUCUACAGAGUCCCAGAAGAAAAGAUAUUAUCGUGAGCACAAAUGAUCUCGUAUCGUGUGUCCAGAUAAUGUUUUGCAAAAAAGGCUGAAAAUGAAAACUUAUCUAUUGGCUAACGUGAAGCUAAAGAUUGCUGCAGCUGAACCACAUAGUUUGAUAAACAAUUACUUAAAAAAUGAACUCAACAAAGACUUUGACAUCAAUCUGGAUUAAAACAAACCAACAUUACUCCUGUUAAACAAACAAAGCUGAGUGUGGGAGCUCAUUUCAUGGAGUUGACUUCUCUGAUAGCUAGCUUGGUGUUUCUGACUGCAGCAACUGAGAAUGUAAAAACUUCAGAACAUGUUUCUCUGAUGGACAGGUGUGAGUACGAACCUCAGUCUGUGAUAGCCACGUCUGACAUCCUCCCAUCUGUGUUAGUUAUUACAUCAUCAGCUGCUAGGCAGAGUUUAGCUGCAACGCAAACCGCUAAGUAGAGCGAGCCUCUGUCCACAGACAGGAGGGACGACGUUCCUUCAGACAGUCACAUUAAAAACAAGUGAAGAACAAACUAACAUCAAAAGGCUUCUGUGUGACCUGAUGCUAACGACCACUUCCUGCCUGUCAAUGACAUCAAACUGGACAGAGUUUAAACCACUGAGAUGCUUCUUCUGCUUCAAGCUUCUGUCCUGAUUUUCUAAGUUGCUGAGAUGAAUAAAGAUUCAAUUUCAUCCUC